AUGCCGUUUCUGCUCCACACGGCACACGCUCAGCUGCUGGCGCUCUGGAUCUCCGUGCUGGGCUGGAUCCUCAUCAUGGUGAGCCUGGGAACAGUGGAGUGGAGGAUUUGGGAAGUGUCCGAUAUCUCCAUCAUCACUUCAGGUAUAGCCUGGGUGGGCGUCUGGAGGGUGUGUUUUCAUAGCCACGCCCCCAUUCUAUCCACCAAUCAGAUCAUGUUCUGCCAGAGGAUUCAUCUGUGGGAGUCGUUCACUCCUCCUGAGAUCGCUUCAGCGCAGGUUUUAAUGAUAGUGUCCAUUAUUUUGGGAUUUUUGGGAAACGCGUGCGUCAUCUUCGCCCUCAGGAAGGUGUAUUUCGGAUUUUCAUCCAUAAUUCCAGCGUUUUUCGCAGGAGGAGUUUUGCUCAUCCUGACGGCAUCUUCUGCGCUCAUUCCCGUGUGCUGGAAUCUCAGUUCGGUGGUAAAUAAUUACACAGUUUUUUUCCCGGAGUCUUUCCUGAUGCCGUCGGCUCCGCUCAGCCAGUCUGUCGGGCCUGGGAUCAUCGUGGGCUUUUUUGCGUCUGUUUUGUUGGUGUUCAGCGGCCUGGUGUUUCUAUCCUACAGGAGCCCAAAAGUGAAGCCGAUCGGACAUCCGGGAAUCUGUUUAAAACAACAGGGAAUUGAUAAUCCGGCUUUCCAAACACAUAACGAGUGUUAG